GUCUCUGUCACUCCGGCGGCAGCCCGAGCGAGCGGUCGGUCGGGGAAGGAGUGCGGGGGUGAAGGCGGUGGUGCUUGGCAAGGGGCCACUCGGGCAUCAGGACACGAUGAUAUCGGCCGCCCAGCUCCUUGACGAGCUCAUGGGCCGGGACAGGAACCUGGCCCCCGAUGAGAAGCGCAGCAACGUGCGGUGGGACCACGAGAGCGUUUGUAAAUACUACCUUUGUGGUUUUUGUCCAGCUGAAUUAUUUACAAAUACCCGUUCUGACUUAGGUCCAUGUGAAAAAAUUCAUGAUGAAAAUCUGCGUAAACAAUAUGAGAAGAGCUCUCGUUUUAUGAAAGUGGGCUAUGAAAGAGACUUCUUGCGGUAUUUACAGAGCUUACUUGCAGAGGUAGAACGGAGGAUUCGAAGAGGGCAUGCUCGUUUGGCACUGUCACAGAACCAGCAGUCAUCAGGUCAGGCAGCUGGACCUACUGGUAAAAAUGAAGAGAAAAUUCAGGUCUUAACUGACAAAAUCGAUGUACUUCUACAACAGAUUGAAGAAUUGGGUUCUGAAGGAAAGGUGGAAGAGGCGCAAGGAAUGAUGAAACUUGUUGAACAGUUAAAAGAAGAGAGAGAGUUGCUGAGGUCUACAACUUCAACAAUUGAGAGCUUUGCAGCUCAAGAAAAGCAAAUGGAAGUUUGUGAAGUCUGUGGAGCCUUUUUAAUAGUAGGAGAUGCACAGUCCAGGGUGGAUGACCACUUGAUGGGAAAACAGCACAUGGGUUAUGCCAAAAUUAAAGCUACUGUAGAAGAAUUAAAAGAAAAGUUAAGAAAAAGAACUGAAGAACCUGAACGUGAUGACAAGUUAAAAAAAGAGAAACAAGAGCGAGAAGAGAGAGAGAAAGAGAGGGAGCGUGAAAGAGAAGAGAGGGAAAGGAAGAGACGACGUGAGGAAGAAGAAAAGGAAAAAGAGAGGGCACGUGACAGAGAAAGACGUAAGAGGAGUCGUUCCCGUAGCAGACAUUCAAGCAGAACAUCUGACAGAAGAUGCAGCCGGUCACGGGACCACAAAAGAUCAAGAAGCAGAGAGAGAAGGCGAAGCAGGAGCCGAGAUCGACGAAGAAGCAGAAGCCAUGAUAGGUCAGAAAGAAAACAUAGAUCUCGCAGUCGGGACAGGAGACGAUCAAAAAGUCGGGAUCGGAAAUCAUACAAGCACAGAAGCAAAAGCAGAGAUCGAGAACAAGACAGGAAAUCUAAAGAAAAAGAAAAGAGGGCAUCUGAUGAUAAAAAAAGUAGUAUGAAGUCCAGUAGUCGAGAAAAACAGAGUGAAGACAGAAAUACAGACUCGAAGGACAGUGAUACUAAGAAUGAGGUCAAUGGGACCAAUGAAGACAUUAAAUCUGAAGGUGACACUCAGUCCAAUUAAAACUGAUCUGAUAUGACCUCAGAUCAGACAGAGGACUACCACGUGAAGAAUCUGCGAAGAAUCCGGAAGACAGCUUGCAAUGAAGAUCUGCUUUAAAUGAGGUGAAAGAAAGCUGUAGUGGCAUAGAAAAAUAUAAAGUUCAGUUAGAAUUUUUUUUUAUAAAAUUAAUUCAGGACUGUUGUUACCUCCCAGAGUGCAGAGGGAUGAGUUAAUAGCAUACAUGCCACUGAGAAUAUAAGUCCUGUAUCAUUUUUUUUUCUUUAAGACUUUUUAAGAUAAGAAACAAACAUAACAUGAACCCAUGGCUUGCUCAGUGUUUAUUUGCAAGAUUUCAUUCUUGGACUUCGAAACACAAGAAUAAAUGUUUAGUAUUUGUGUGAAUUAAACUAAAUUGAAUCCCAUUUUUACAACUAGGAUAUAUCUAGCUGCUUGAUAUACCAGAAAUGGAAAUAAAGUAUCUUUGAAUUUCUGUUACAAAUUUGAUUGUCUGUCAUUAAACAUUUAGUAUUAAAUACACUUUUUUCCUAAUAAAUCUAUUCAUGUCUUCAAGCUUAGUCCAUUAAUUUGGCUUUUAUGGAUUUUGUUUAGUUUAUUCAGUUGGUGUUUGCUUUUGAUUCCUCCAAUUAGUCUCAUGUUUUAAAACUGAGCUGAUCACCUUCAUCAAACUCCUGGUCCUUUAUUGAACAAAUGCACAUUAUCAUCA